AUGGCCAACCGUCCUCGCCCUCACCCACAUCUUCAGAUUCCCCCAGGUGCUGCACCUCCAACGGAACCUUCACCGACAUCUUCCUGGUCAUCCUAUCUCUACAAAUCACCCCCUUACAAUGUCUCGAAUAUCUGGUCAGACCGCGCUUCGAACAAGUAUUCCUCAAGCGCGUCCAGUAUCGCUCCCCGCAUAAGUAUCAACGAACAUUCACGACCACCAAGUCGUGCAUCUAGUUCAUAUGAACAAGAUACUGGACAUUUAGUGUUCCCCGAGCCUCAGUUGUAUCGAUCCGUCUCGCAAAAUCCAUCCCCUCGUCCAUAUCCUACCCAGGCACAUCGAGCGACCAGAAGCGAGCUAACAGUUAGUCCUAUUCAUGCAACUGGGGAGUCAAGGCCCCCAUCAUUCAUAUCCACAGGCAGUAGUCCAGACCUUUCGUCCCGUGAACUUUCCGACGAGCUGUCCAGCCUGACUCUUGAGUCCGAAGAAGGCCUUCUCCGUUUCCAGACGGGCGAUCUUCCCGAGUCCGAUUGCGAGUGGUAUCGACUUGUACCUCCAGAAGCACGAGAGGUCUUGGACAAGGGAGAGGUACAACGACAGUCUAUUCUAUUCGAAAUCAUCAAGUCAGAGAGAGAUUAUGUAUCCGAUUUGGUCUUGGUGAAGGAGAUCUUCGUUGAUCCUCUCUUCAACACUUCUCCUGUGCCUCACCAUCGCCUUGAGGGCUUUGUUUCAGAGGUCUUCAACAAUCUUGACAAGAUUCAAGCACAUCAUGCCCAAAUGCGGGAUGCCCUUUUUGCGAGACAGCGUGAUCAACAUCCCCUGGUUCAGAGUAUUGCAGACGUUAUACUUGCCAGCAUCCUGGAUUCAAGGCAACUCUUCCGUACAGAGUAUGAGAAAUACAUCAAACACUACCCUCUUGCUCGUGCGCACCACCUGGCAGAGCUAAAGCGUAAUUCUAAAUACCAAUAUUUCAUCCAACAAUGCAUGCUCGACCCUCGCAUGCGCAAGCGCGACUUGAUUACUCUCCUUUCGCGCCCUGUGACCCGCCUGCCGAGGUUAAGACUUCAGCUACAAACGGCGUUAGGGCGCACAGCACCGGACCAUCCAGACAUCGACGAACUUCCAAUGAUUUUAGAUAUUCUAUCAGAUCUCGUGAAGAGCACACAGCCGGGCAUCGAAGUGUCUGAGGGCAAAGUGAGCUUCUGGGACUUGUGCGAAAGCCUAGUAUACCAAAGGGGGGAAAUUAUCGAUCUAGAUCUAUACGAUGAAAGCCGGACGCUGGUCCAUUCUGGUCCACUUGCGCGUCGAUAUCGCUCCGAUAUGGGAUACAACUGGGCUGAUCUUCAUGUUGCCCUUUUGGACAACUAUCUGCUUCUGCUCAAGCCCGAGGAUAGGUCUGGAACUAUAAGGCAUUCUGUUGUAUCCCGUCCUAUUCCGUUAGAGUAUCUCCGCCUUGCAGCUUUUGACAGCGCUCCGGAACAUCGCAAGGAGAAGACAGAAGAGGGUGGGUUUCUCGACAGCUUCCGCGCACGCCUAGUUCCUGUAUAUCCGUUCACGGUCUACCAUGCAUCCGCCAAGAUGACUCGACGGUAUACACUGUAUGCUGAUAGCGAGAACCUGCGCAAGAAAUGGUACGAUAAAUUGCAAGAUGCUAUUGGUGUACGGAAGGUCCAGCAAGAGGCAAACAUGUGGUUCGCACCCCAGGUCAUGAAUAAUGGCUUCUUCAAAUAUUCGACCUCGAUGAUUCAUUCGAACGGAAGCUACCCGGGGAAGAUCACGGCGGCCAUUCACGUGCUAUUCCCCUUCCUGUCCCCAGUCAGUAGCAACAAGAAGCUUCUUGCGGUUUGCAGUUCGUCAGGCGUUUGGGUCGCAGCACCUGGUGAUGCCGAGUACCGGAGAGUACUUAAUCUGCCCAACCCGACAAGUAUCAUUGCUCUCCCGGAUUGCAACAAAAUACUCGUUCUCUCCGAUGACGGCCUUUGUGUUUAUUCCCUCGACAUGUUCGCACGUGCUGGGCUUGGUACUAGUACUCAGCUACACCUCGAGGCAACUAUGCAGCGAAUAGCGGGACAAGAUUCCACGGUGCUAUACUUCCGUGCCGGCCGGAUUAAUAAUAGAACAAUGAUCCUGUAUGUAUCGAAGGGUCUCCUCCAGGCAUACUUCCACGCGCUCGAGGUAGUGCGUACAGAUGACACGGUCCUGAGCCCCAGACGAAGUACGUAUGGGUCAGUAUCAGCCUUCUCGUUCCGUCCAUUUGGUGAACCUCUGGCCAUUCCAAAGGAUGCGCACGACAUCACCUCACUCCACAGGAAUAUCGGUAUUUGUAUGGACAAGGGGAUAUGGAUCCUUGACCCAACCAAUCCAAAUGUGUCGAGCGCAACUCCCACCAUCAUCCCCAAGUUCACAGGUGCCGAGUCUAAUCCGCCUAUGGCUACGCUCAAGACACGCUGCGCGUCUGCGAAACCAUUGGGUCUCAUACGUUGCGAAAACGAGGAGAUCCUGAUCGUAUAUGACGAACUCGGCUGCUACGUGAACAAACACGGAGUCCCGUGCCGGUCGUCCGGAUACCUGCGAUGGGAGUCCAAAGUGACGGCGUUCAUGCAUCGCGGAGAGCAUAUCCUCCUCUUUAGUAGUGAGUUCAUCGAGGUGCGUGCAGUGGACACGGGGAGGCUUGUACAGGUCAUCGAAGGCGAGGACGUGCGGCUCGUGUCUCGGGGGCUGCUUCCUACGGAUAGCACUACGCUCGCCGUGAUGAAGGCACACGAAGAGCGGAACGCCGCGGCGGACAAGAUUGUCGAGCUUGUCGAGACGGCAGAGCUCACGACCCCGCGCGUCGCUAAUGUACCGGCGCUGUGGGAGGACUGGGGGAUGUAA